AUGGCAGAGGAAACCCAGAACAAGUAUGAAACCCCUCAGAGCAGUGAGGUCGAGGUCCAGGAUCGUGGAGUUUUUGACUUUCUCGGUAAGAAAAAGGAAGAGGAGAAGCCUCAGGAGGAGGUGAUCGUCACCGAGUUUCAAAAGGUGACAGUGUCAGAGGAGAAGAAGGAAGAAGAAGGAGAGAAGAAACACAGCCUCUUAGAAAAGCUUCAUCGAUCUGAUAGCAGCUCUAGUUCUUCAAGUGAGGAGGAAGGAGAAGAUGGGGAGAAAAAGAAGAAAAAGAAAAAGGAAAAGAAGAAGAUCGAGGGUGGUCAUCACAAGGAGGAGGACACAAGUGUUCCAGUUGAGAAAGUUGAGGUUGUCGAAACAGUACAGUUAGAUGAAAAGAAGGGGUUCCUGGACAAGAUUAAGGAGAAGCUACCAGGGCACAAGAAGACAGAGGAGGCCACACCUCCUCCUCCUCCUCCUCCGGCACAUGCUGCUGCAUCAUCAGAACAUGGUGAGGGUGUUCAUCACGAAGGAGAGGCGAAGGAGAAGAAAGGUAUCUUGGAGAAGAUAAAGGAGAAGCUUCCUGGUUACCACCCCAAGACAGAGGAGGAGAAAGAAAAGGAGAGUGGUGCUCACUGA